AUGCUUGUCAACUACCAGGACAAAACCUCCAUUCAAGAAGAUCCAAAUGUCAUAGUUGAGAAUGGCCCCUUGACCUACAGCGACGUGAAUGUCAGUCUCUCAUUGGCCGUGUACGACGUGUGUCUAGCGCUGACAGUGGCUGCACAGCAACAACUCAGUGACCCUUGCAGACAGCAAGAGGCUGAGGGUAGAGGAUGCAGUCCUGGUGAGGAAUGUCGCCUCGUGCAGACCGCCUGUGACACGUUGCCAUGUCCACCCAAACCCCAGUGUAUACCCACCUCCCCCGUGUUGACCAACCCCUGUAUAGCGGCGCUGUGUUUGCAAGGCCACUACUGUGAGAACCGAGAGGUCAGUUGCGAGGAACCCCCUUGUCGACGUGAAGCUGUCUGUGUCCAGAUUGACAAGGACGGGUCGUGUCCCAGCACCGAGGGUGUGGUCGGCACAUGUGUGGAACGUUGCAGUACCGACUCAAGUUGUCCCGGAAGUCAGAAGUGUUGUAGCAAUGGGUGUGGACACACCUGCCAGAACCCUGUCCUACUGGACCCAUGUCAAAAUAAAACGUGUGGCCUGAACCAGGUGUGUAGGGUGCAGGAAGUCGUCUGCUUCAGAGCGCCAUGUCCACGCGAAGCAAUUUGUGAAGACGCAAUCCUGGCCAACCCUUGUAUAGCGGCGCGGUGUGCGAAAGGCUACCACUGUGAGAACCGAGAGGUCAGUUGCGAGGAACCCCCUUGCCGGCGUGAAGCUGUCUGUGUCCAGAUUGACAAGGACGGGUCGUGUCCCAGCACCGAGGGUGUGGUCGGCACAUGUGUGGAACGUUGCAGUACCGACUCAAGUUGUCCCGGAAGUCAGAAGUGUUGUAGCAAUGGGUGUGGACACACCUGCCAGAACCCUGUCCUACUGGACCCAUGUCAAAAUAAAACGUGUGGCCUGAACCAGGUGUGUAGGGUGCAGGAAGUCGUCUGCUUCAGAGCGCCAUGUCCACGCGAAGCAAUUUGUGAAGACGCAAUCCUGGCCAACCCUUGUAUAGCGGCGCGGUGUUCGGCAGGCUACCACUGUGAGAACCGAGAGGUCAGUUGCGAGGAACCCCCUUGCCGGCGUGAAGCUGUCUGUGUCCGAGACACUACGUUAACAGGGAAGUCUGGCGAGUGUCCAAGAGUGACUGGUGCGGGGAUCUGCAUCACGGAAUGCGAGACGGACUUCGACUGUAACGGCAACAGGAAGUGUUGCAGUAACGGCUGUGGCAGCGUCUGCACCAUCCCUACUGCUGCCGUGGCAACCGUGCCGACUCCGCCCUCCGACCCUUGCGCGAGAAUUAGGUGUGCAAGAGGCUUGAAGUGCCAUGUUCAGCAGGUGCAGUGCUUUCGUGCACCCUGUGACCCCAUAGUCACGUGCGUCGGAGACACUACGUUAAGAGGGAAGUCUGGCGAGUGUCCAAGAGUGAAUGGUGUGGGGAUCUGCAUCACGGAAUGCGAGACGGACUUCGACUGUAACGGCAACAGGAAAUGUUGCAGUAACGGCUGUGGCAGCGUCUGCACCAUCCCUACUGCUGCCGUGGCAACCGUGCCGACUCCGCCCUCCGACCCUUGCGCGACAAUUAGGUGUGCAAGAGGCUUGAAGUGCCAGGUGCAGCAAGUACAGUGCUUCCGUGCACCCUGUGACCCCAUAGUCACGUGCGUCGGCCCUGUUCCUACAACUCCUGUUCCCGUUGCAACCACCACGAGGCCGGGCAGAUGCCCCCGAAGUUUCCCCAUGAUGUGGCUCUUCUGUGACGUCUUCUUACAACACUGCAACACCGACAGCCACUGUCCAUCCGGUACCAAGUGCUGCUUCGCCAGUGGCUGCAGGAGACGGGCAUGUCUGCAUCCUGAGUUGUAUAGAGAUAUUGGUGGAUGGUAGUGACAAGACAGUUAUUUGAAGACAAGUUGGGAGAACAAUAGCAUAUGGAGGAAGAUGACAUGUAUGUCAGGGUGUGUCAUGUUUAGCGUUUACCAGUAUGUGGUAUAGCGUCAGAGAUUUCACUGAAUUGAAAUAUUAGCUCCUACUAUUGCUGAACAAUGAUCUGAGGACGUUGUGCUUUCAAGACAACCACUUGUUGAACAUCUGACGAACUGAGAAGUGUAAUGUUAGUAACACCGUCAGUCUAUUAUCGAGGCCCAAACAAUACCAAUAUUCUGUCCCACAUUGCACUAAAACAGUCCUACACAAUUAUGUAUUGAUCUGCAACAGUUCUACAAACACCAAUCCCCUACACCUGUCGCUAACACCUAUCUGUGAGACAUGUCCACCGACACCUGUCGCUAACACCUAUCUGUGAGACAUGUCCACCGACACCUGUCGGUAACACCUAUCUAUGAGACAUGUCCACCGACACCUGUCGCUAACACCUAUCUAUGAGACAUGUCCACCGACACCUGUCGCUAACACCUAUCUGUGAGACAUGCCCCCGACACCUAUCGGUGCCACCUACACCUGACGCCCUGAACACCUGCCUCGCUACUAGAUCUGGGCCGGACCAACCUAUCUUGUGUUGUUACUUGUUACAUUGUGUGGAGAAUGAUGAAGAUUAUUCUACAUAUAUUUUUAUAUAUUUUGUUUUAUUUUACCGUUUUCAAUGACGAAUAAAGUGGCACUCUGUCGACA